AUGCCUUUGCUUACUACUGAUAAUGAGCUUCUCCCCUUCAAUUUUUCACCACAUGAAUGCGGGCUGAUACGAAUAUAUCUAUUAUUUCAGGUUUCAAUUGUUGUUUCCUUCUUUAUUUUCAGUCGACAGAUGCCGUCGCAGUUUGCUACAGAAAGAGACUGGAAUCUAUUUCACCUGCUCAGAAAUUCUGUACUUGCAAUGGUAUGAGAACUGGCUAAUUAAUUACUGAUUAACUUGUCUUGAAACUUGAACUAUUUGACUUACACUUAACUUCAGACACCUUUUUUGUACUUUAGUUUCCGAGAAAACUAGACCUUUUUCUUUCUCUUGCAAACUAAGGAUCAUCAAGGUCACUGUUGUUAAAAAAAUUUAGCUACUUAAUAUGUAAGGGGAGGAUUUACCAAAUUUGAAUUAUUUCUUUUGUUCAUGCUCUCUGUGACAUUCUCUCCUCUGUUUGGUUCUGUUAUUCAAAACAGUUUGUGGAAAGGAUGACAAAAUGUAAUUUGAAUUUGGGUGCUACCCAAAGGUAGGCUCCCCACUUCAAUAUUUAAGUAUUGCCUGCUUAUAUAUAUGCUGCUGAUAUAUUCUGAGUUCAUCCCCAAGGUUGUCUUCUCUAUCCCAUGUGUUCUCCGAGUGAAAUUCUUUUUCUAAAUUGGAGAAAAUAUAUCUAUGUUGCUUUAAUUUAUCAUGAAUUCUAGUCACAGAUCUUCUAUAGUUAUAUAUUUAGUUGUUGAAAAUGUUCAUGCAAAGCCAAUUUUUUUUUCCAGUUUUUAUCUGGCCUGCUUUUGUUGUAGGUUGGAGAAGUUGAAGAAGUAGCAGAAUUAUUGAAAGUAAAGUAUUACUGAUUUAAAGAUGGUUGUCCUGUUGUACAACAAACAUUGAUAGUUUAAACUAAUCAAGUACCUAGGUGUAAUCAUUUGUCACUUCUUCCUUUUUCAUAUUUAUAGCCAAUGGAAAGGUGAAGUAAAGGAAGGACUCCAAGGUGAGUGUAAGAAGUGUCCCUACUUUCUUUUCGUGAACAUCUCCACACUAAAAUAACUGAAAGCAACAAAACGAUAUUCCUUUCUCUUGUUAUAAAUUAUCAGCAUAGAGCCAGAUAGCUGACAAAGAACCAGAGCUUAUUCAUUCUACCUUGCAUGGAACCACUGGGCAUACUGCUACCGACUCCCCUGGAUGGGGUGCUAGUCCAUUGAAAAUAACAUCCUCCCCCUCUUCCUCCCUGCAUUUAUGAGGCUUCUCUGACUGUUCAGCUGUACCUGUUUAGACUCCUUGGUGGUGGGAUGGGGGGAGUAAGAGCACAACACAAUACCCUAGCUGGGUCUUGACCUUGGCCCUCUCACACUGGAAUCAAGGAUACUAACUGUAAGAUAGGCCAACACUUCUCUUUAUAAGGAAUAUGGCCUAUUUGUUGGUGCACUUAAAUACGAGAUGGAGAGGUCAGAACAAGAGCACAGGGCCACUCAUUAUGUUGAGUUUUUGGGCAAAACACUCAACUCUUUUAGUGCCUCUGUAGUCCUUGGAGUAGAAGUGAACAAUGACCCCAGAAAAUGAUCAGAGAAACAUAAUGGAAAGUGGGGAAUGACCUGUAAAUGAACUAACAUCAGAAAAAUUCAAAGCUAAGAUUUCAAUAAAAAAUUUAAAGAUUUAGAAUGUAUCUCAUGAGUAGUUCUUGUGUUAAAAACAGGUAGCAAGCAAAUUGAAAAGAAUUAAAGCAAAUGGUCACAACAGUUCAUCCUACUGGGUGGAUUUUGAUCCACAUCUUAGCAAAUUGUUUGUGGUUGCUUUUCUAGAUUGGUCUCCCAAAGAGAAGCAUUAUCUUGCCCAAGAACUCAGUGAUGUACUUAUUUACCUGGUAAGACUUGCAGAAAAAUUCAAUGUUUAUCUUCCCAAGGAGGUGGUGGCUAAAAUAGCACUGAAUUCCAAGAAAUAUCCUAAAGAUCUGGUAAAGAGAUCAAGCAAAAAGUAUACAGAAUACAAGGAAGUUAAUUCAUUAAAUAACUGA